AUGGACUAUGCCAAAAUCUCCCACAAAAUCUCCUCCGAGUGGACUGCCUUCUGGCUCUUCAAGAUCGCCUUCUUCACUUUCCUCCUGAUCCUUUCCCUUCUUUCUACUUCUGCAGUUGUUUAUACAAUUGCAUGUAUAUAUACUUCAAAGCCAAUCACCUUCAAGAAGGUGAUGAGUGUUGUUCCUAGAGUUUGGAAGAGACUUAUGGUCACUUUUCUGUGGAGUUUUGCUAUUGUUUUCAUCUAUAAUGUUAUUGCAGCAGCAGUAUUCAUCUUCUGGCUGGUCCUUAGUGGAGGUAACAGUGUGUUUGGCAUCGCGAUUCUUGUGCUUCUUCUGCUUUUUUACUUCUCUGGGUUCUUGUAUGUUACCAUAGUUUGGCAUUUGGCAAGUGUGGUUUCUGUUCUGGAAGAAAUUUAUGGGAUCAAAGCUAUGAUCAAGAGCAAGAACUUGAUAAAGGGUAAGAUUGGGGUUGCAGUGGCUCUUUUUAUUCUUCUUGGAAUUUGUUUUGCUGGAAUUCAACUCCUUUUUGAGGUUUUUGUGGUCCUACAAUGGCCACAAGACUUGAUAAUCAGAAUUGGAAUGGGAAUCAUUUGUUUUUUGCUGCUGUUUAAGGUGAUUCUGUUUGGGCUUGUGAUCCAAGCAGUUCUCUAUUUUGUGUGCAAAUCCUACCACCAUGAGAAUAUUGAUAAGUCUUCCUUAUCAAGCCAUCUUGAGGCCUAUCUUGGGGAGUAUGUUCCUUUAAAGGCAGCCAAUGUCCAAAUGGAACAAGUUCAAGCAUAA